UCUUUAAAAACAAAAAUUAUUUUAAAAUGGCCGUAGUCGAAAAAGCACUUUAAGGGAUUAGCUGCAUUAGGACUGAAGAGCUAUUUAAUUACUGUUUAGUUGUUUAAUUACAAAUAACCGAAAAAGAAUUCAACAUUUGUUAUGCAUCUAUUUGCUCAGUAAAUUUUCAAGGAAGUUGAGAACAAUGAGUUUUUUGGAGUCAAAUUACUCAGAAAACGAAGAUGAUCCACAAGUCUAUGAAAGUUCUGGAGAUGAAUGGAACAGCUCUACAGAGAAAAAGAGAAAUUUUCGAAGAACCUCCCAGAGGCUAUCUAAGAAGCCAAGACUAGUACAUGUGGAUUCAAGUGAAAGUGAUCUUGAAGAAGAGGAAGAAGAAGUAGAAAUAGAUGUAAAGCCUAAAAAGAAUGGUGUUAAUAAGCGACAAAAAGUCACUGUUAAAACUGAAGCAGAUUCUCCUGUAAAUGAAACUUCAUCUGUUAUUAAAAAAGAGAGCCCUGCAAAAGUGAAACUUGUUAGCACUAAUUUUGUUAAUGGAGGCUUUUUAAUUUUGAAAAAAGAUGCCCAAUCUGGUGAUCCCAGUAAACGUCCAUGUUUAUGGAGAAUUGAUGGAAAGGCAUUACUUCAAAAAUAUGAGCCCUUCGAAGAAGAUGGAAAAAUUAAACAUAAAAAUACUUCCAUUUACACUGGAUGGUCAGCUUUAGAUAAAGACUUAUAUCACCCAGUCAUGGUCAAAGUAUUGCACCAUCAAGGACAAAAUAUGGUAAUUGAAACUGAUUGGGAUGAAAUUAAAAGUAUCGUUCAAUUUGAUAGUGAUUAGAAUUAAAGGUUUUUAAAAUUCAUCUAAACCUCCUCAGCUUCUUAAAUGUUUAAUUACUUUUUAUAAAAGUUUUUCAUCGGCAAAAUCUAUUCUGGCAGUUAUAAAAAGUUAUGACUAUUAUUGUGUAAACGAACUUGACACAAAAAAGUACAUUUGGUUGAUUCUUAAAAAGUGUACAUUUUAAAAAGGACUUUUGGAUAGUUAAGAGUUAUUUACUUGAUGUUUUAUUAUUUGUAGUUUAUUUUGCAAUAUAUAUAUAUAUAUAUAUUAUUCUCAUUAGUAGUCAUCAUAUCCUACAAAUAAGCUUGGCAAAACUUGUCUGUUUAUUAAUUAAUUAUUACUAAAUAUUCUUUAUAAUACAAGAGCAUGUCGAAUCUGUACUCUGUAUGGAUAUUAAGCAAGAUAUUUGAAUAAUUUUGGAAUGAUUCAGAAUUAUCAGGAAAUACACUUUUUCUCUUUAA